GGGGAUCCCUAAGGGAUACGGGAGAUGGGGCUAAUGUCAGAGGCUGCUCCAGGAUUCGGCAGAAGCAUUCUUGUCGACCCAAGCAGGGCAGCUGUGUGGGAAGACUGAAGGGUGGGAACCGACUCUCUGCUAGAUAGGGGCUUCACGACACAGUUCCCACUACUGCUUUGGGGCCUCUGGGAGUGAGACAAGCAGCUUCAAAGUCCACAAGGAUAUUCAUAACAUGUCACCAAGCCCACAAGUUUGUUGUUGAGGUGCAGCAGCCCUGCAUACAAGUGGCCAAGAACUGGCGGCCAAGGCAGAAUUCUGCCGAGCAAAGGACCACACACACUCUCAAGGUCAGACAGAUGCUACUGCCAGCCCAAAGCCAGAGCACAGAGGUCUGUACUCCUGGAGAGGACUGGGGCCUUCCUUGGCCCAGACGACAGCCCCCCUUCCAGCACCAGCAUGAGUGAACGCAUGAACACCACUGAAGUCUUCGAUGGCAUCCGCUUCCCAGGGUUCAUUCACACUCUGGAGUCCCUGAAAGCGGCCUGUGCUUUCCAGUUCCAGGACAAAGACGUCCUCUUGGUGACAUUCCCCAAGUCAGGUACCACAUGGAUGCAGCAAGUGCUGAGCCUUAUCUUCUAUGAGGGCCAACUGUGGCCUAUCCACCACCUCCCCAACUGGGCCCGCAUGCCUUGGAUAGAGCAAGUCUCCUUUAGCAAAGUCGUUCCCGAGCUUAGAAGUUCCUGGCCUCGUCUGUUCACCUCCCACCUGUGUGCCAAAGUCCUGGCCCCGGCUCUGAUGAAGUCCAAAGCCAAGGUGGUGUACGUGGCACGGAACCCCAAGGACACCCUUGUUUCCUUCUACCACUUCCACCGAAUCGCCAGCUUCCUGCCCGACCCCAGCUCCUUCGAAGACUUUGUGGAUGAGUUUCUUGAGGGCACAGGCUUCUAUGGCUCCUGGUUCGACCAUGUGAAGGGGUGGCUGGGCCUCCAGAAGGACCUAAAUUUGCUUUUUGUCACCUAUGAGGAGCUGCACCAGGAACCCCGCCGUACCAUCCAGAAGUUAAGUGAUUUCCUGGAGCGCCCCCUGCGGCCAGAAGAGGAGGAUGUCAUACUGGAGCAUUGCAGCUUCUCCUUCAUGAGUCAGAGCAACAUGGUCAACUACAGCCUUCUGUCCAAGGAGAUCAUAGACCAAAGCAAGGGCAAGUUCCUGAGGAAAGGUGUUGUGGGGGACUGGAGGGAACACUUUACUCCUGAACUGGAUAAGAAGUUCAAUGCUGUCUACCAGUCCAAGAUGGGUGACUCUGGUCUCUGCCUCCCCUGGACCAUGGACUGACCCUUCUGGCCCAUUUGGCCUGUUCACAAAGACCUGUCCUCCUACUAUGCUAUGCCCCUGGUCUAGCAAUAAAAGCUCAGAACCAUGCUGUGCAGACUA